AUGGCAACACACAUGAGCAAGAAUCUUGUCAUCAUUCAGGCAAUAUUAUUCCUCUCGGCAUUAGCAAUACUAAGUGGAGUAGGAGCCAAUGGGGAGAUGACGUACACGUACUCGUUUUGUCGCAUGACGAAAGAGGGGUUCGGGUCGUGCCAGCCGUCGGUUGACAGGUCGAACCCUCUGCCGCCGUCGAAAGCGUGUUGCGCCGCCAUCUCCAAGUCAGACUUUCAGUGCCUCUGCUACUUCAAAGACUCACCGCUCUUGAAGAUCUACCAAGUCGACCCUCAACUCGCCGUGGAUCUCCCUCGUCAAUGCAACCUCGACGGACCCUCUUUCCGUUGCGAAUAA